AUGACUUACACUCAAUUGCUACCAUAUCUGAUUCAGAAUGGGACUGUUGUGCUAAGGGCAUUACCUCCAAUGCUGAAGCUGCAUAAGCCUUGGUAUGAUGAGAAUGCUAUAUGUGCCUUUCAUGCUAAUUCAGAGGGUCAUACAAUAGAGAAUUGCAAGGUGUUCAAGCUCCGGGUUCAAGAGUUGAUAGAUCAGAAAAUAUUGUCUUUUGCUGAUGUUCCAAAUAUGGGGAACAAUCCUUUGCCUAAACAUGAUGGUUCAGGUGUCAAUGCUAUAGAAAGUUCAACUGAUGAUGGAUUGAUAAAGGAUGUGUUCAAGUUGAAGACUCUUUUAAUAGUGGUCCAUGCUAGAUUGAUGGAAGCAGAAUUGAUGAAUGGAGUACAUGAUAAUUGUGUGGUGUGUUCGUCCAACCCUGAUCAGUGUGGUGAAUUUAAAAUUUAUCUUCAACGUUUGAUGGAUCAGCGGGUUAUUCAGUUCACUAGAGCAAAGAUUGAUGAGGACGUUGCUAUGAUUGUGCCUGUGUUUGAUCAAGAGAGGCUUCCCAAGCCUUUUGUGGUCCCUUAUCAGAGAAAUGUUGACCUAGAGCCAGUGAAGAAGAUUGAGCCCAUGGUUAUUUAUGUUCCCGCUCCAUUCUCAUUUGACAUAAUCUUGAAAGAGCCAGAUGUGACUAACAUCGCUGGAGCUAGUGGUGUGACUCGAAGUGGAAGGGUUUUCGCUCCUGAAGUGAUCCCAUACAAAGAAAGUGCACCAACAGUUGAACCAACGAAGGGGAAAGAGGUAAAUCCUCCAGAAGCAGGAGAAGGCUCAUCUAAGAAAGAAGUGACUGCUGAAGAGGAUAGAGAAUUCUUGAAAAUCAUCAAGAAGAGUGACUACAAGUUCUUGAACGAAGCUUAUAUGGCAAAAGACAUCAGUGUUAUUCAGUUUGAUAAUAUGGUUGCUAAUCUCAAUGCUAGUAGUUGUUUGAUGUUCACUGAUGAUGAUUUACCCCCUAAUGGGCGAGAACAUAAUAUGGCGCUUCAUAUCUCCAUUCAGUGUACAGAUGUUACUUUGGCUCGAGUACUGGUGGAUACAGGUUCAUCCUUGAACGUGUUACCUAAGACUACCCUGGCACAAUUGAAUAUUGAAGGGGUGCAGAUGAGACCCAGUGCUUUGAUAGUGAAAGCUUUUGAUGGGUCUAAGCGAACAGUUAUUGGGGAGAUUGACCUCCCAAUCCUGAUUGGUCCUUAA